AUUCAUCAAUGGUGCACUGUGGGAUUGCUGAAUAUUGACAUAGCAACCCAGCGACAGGAGCCAGCAGCAUAAUAGUUGUUGCUGUCUCUUCUGCGUGUAAACCUCUCAGCUUCCCUUUCUGCCGCUGCCAUGAACGGGGCUGUGGUGAAGAAGACCCAGGACACGCUCGGCAGAGUGAUAAAAAAGCCGCCUCUCACGGAGAAGCUGCUCAACAAGCCGCCGUUUCGGUACCUUCAUGACAUCUUCAGUGAGGUCAUCAGGACCACUGCUUUUAUGAAAGGUCUGUAUGGAGAAAAUGAAAUCAAGUCAGAUAAUGUCAAGGAUAAGGACUCCAAGAUAGUCUUCCUCCAGAAAGCAAUAGAUGUCGUGAUGCUGGUGAGCGGCGAGCCCCUGGUGGCAAAGCCAGCACGCAUUGUGGCCGGCCACGAGCCUGAGAAAACCAAUGAGCUGCUGCAGGCCAUGGCCAAGUGCUGCAUCAACAAGAUGUCCAGUGACGAUGCAGUGAAGCGAGUGCUUGCAGGUGAAAAGGUGGACAUAAAAACCAAGGCCAGCACCUCCAGGUCCCAGGACAAGGAAAACAGGGAGGGACGUGAGCGCCAUCUUGAUAGAGAGGAGAAGAAAAAGAUUACGGAGCGCAGCGGGAGCCGGGACCAGAAGGACCCCGACGAGCCUAAGGAGCAGGAGAGCCGGCGCCGAGAUGCGGAGAAGGAGCAACACCGGGACAGGGAGCGCUCUGAGAAGCACCAGCGCAGUGAACCUGACCAUCACGCCAAAGACAAGAGUCGGGACCGGGAGCGAGACAAGGACAAAGACAAAGGACGAGUCAAAGACCGGAACAAGGAGAAGGACCGAGAGAGGGACCGCGAAAGGGACAAAGACAAGGAGAGGGACAAAGGCCGAGAUAAGACGAGAGAUUCUCGCGGAGAACGGGAACGAGACAAGGAAAAGCGGAGAGACCGAGACAAGCAGCGGGAGAAAGGGAGAGAGCAACACAAAGAGCAGGAAGAGAGGAACAGAAGUGGAGAGAGUGGCAAUAACAAGGCCAGAGUAUCGGAGGAACCACAGGAACCAGCCAGCCCUGAGCUGAGCAAAACAGCCAAACCUGUGCCAGCGCCUGCCUGCGAAGCCGUUGAGAACCAGUCUGAUAGUCCAGCUAGAAUACCUCGGCCUUCAUCUGCCAAGGGGCAGAGGCGGAGACCCAAUAUUGGAGGUCAAGAUGAAUCUGACAGCGAGGGAGACGGAGAUGCUCUGUUAGCCCAGAGACCCGCCCCCCAGGAAAAUGGAGACCAUGCGGGCUCCUCGGUGCCAUCUGACAUGGCCUCCAGCAACAGGCGAAUACCGCGGCCCGGCAGUGCCCGCCCAGCACCCCCCCGAGUCAAGAAACAGGAAAGCUACUCCGAUGUGACCCCGGCUGAGAGGCUGCCCAGUGCCAAGCCCUUAGCGCCAGUCAUCAUGGAUGGGAAGAUGCUGUCUGAUGAUGAGGAGGAUGAAGAUGAGCAAUUUAUCGUGGAGGAGGCGGUCCCGCCGCCCUCGGAUGCUCCGGAGGUGGAGGUGGGGAAGGAACUCGACAGUGAAGACAAACAUGGUGGCCUUGUGAAAAAGAUCCUCGAGACCAAGAAAGACUACGAAUCGUCCCCAUCCUCCCCCAAAUCUAAAGAGCAGAACGUGGUGUCCGAAGCGGCACGGAAGAAAGAGAGGGACAUGGUGACGCGGGAGAUCGAGCGGCUCCGCUCCUCCAUCCAGACGGUGUGCCGCAGCACCCUGCCCUUGGGUAAGAUCAUGGACUACAUCCAGGAGGACAUGGACGCCAUGCAGGCGGAACUGCACACCUGGCGACGGGAGAACAAGGAGCAUGCACAGGCCUUGCUGCAGGAGCAGAGAGCGACAGACAGGGCGGUGGAGCCUCUGAAGUCUGAACUCGUUGAGCUGGAGCAGCUGAUCAAGGACCAGCAGGACAAGAUUUGUGCCGUGAGAUCCAACAUACUGAAGAAUGAGGAGAAGAUCCAGAAGAUGGUGACUGGGAUCAACUUCUCCUCCCGGGCCUGAAGGGAGAAACGUGGUCUACAAAGAAAAACUGUACGAAACAAAUGCACUGAAGAUUUAGGGAUGAACGGUGUCUCGUUCAGAAUAUUGGUAAAACCUUUUUAAUAAUCUUUCCUGGAGAUGAUGCGGUAUGGGACCAAACACUGCACUUUGAGAUUACCCCUUUUCUGUAAUGGUGCCUUUGUGGACUGAGCCAGUGCGCAGUUCAUGGCUCAUAGUUGCAUUUAAUGCUGGGUGCGUUCAUCAAAAGCCCGAUGUAUUCCAAAAUAUACAAUAGUAAAACAUAAAAGUUUGAUUUGUUCUACACGCAGCAAUCCCUGGACCUACUUUUAAAACCUAUGAUUUUCUUUUUAUUAACCUAGCAAAAACAGUGUGGCGCAUUGUGGUUGGUUUUGUUUCAUCGCCUCACUUUACAUUUUUCGUGGCUGUGGGGACCUUAGUAGGCAGUCUUUUGAUCAAUUUCGUGCUUUUUCCAAGAUGAUUAUUACAUCUGCUAUAGUGCUAUUGAACUAGCGAUACAUAAGUACUGAAAUAUUCCUAAGUUCAAAUACUUUUUCUAGGGGUUGCAUCGAGAAAUCUAGGACUAAUGUGGGGAGUCCUGAUGGUCUACUUGUGUGUUCCAUAAUGUGGUGUCCUACAUGUCAUACUGAGAUGUUCUUCUGCUUCCAAACAUUUGUACUCAAGCUUCCUUCUUCCUCAACCUUCCUAAAAAAAGAAAAGAAGAAAAAAAAGAUAGAUUUAUUUAGUUUUUCAGCAACUUUUUCCUGCUUACAACAACCAUAUUUCAUCUGGUAAACAAAACAAUCCUUUUUAAGAGCCGCCAUUGUAGAGAUCCCUGCACUCUUAUUUCUACUAAACGGUUUGCCAAACUGUUUCUUUCUUGUUUGAUGGAGACAACGUUUGGUCAGAUGGCAACUUUCAUUCCUAUUCUUUAUAAAUAAGGGGGCAACCAAUAUUACCAUAAUGCUACUAGCUGCUUUUGUGAUUUUAAGAAAUGUGUUUUACAGACGUAACAAAUAUGACAACAUGAAGCAAUACCAGGCUGAUACGUAUGCGGGAGGAGACUGAAGAGUAGAGACGUGAGUCUGAAAGAAACCACUGUCCCAGUUUUCCUUUAAGUUCCAAUAAUGUGUGAAUGACAUGCAAAUAACAAAACAAGCUUCGACUCGUCAGCUGUGAGUCGUUCCCUAGUGGCCAGUCUCAUUCUGAAAAUGCAGUUUACACAUUCAAGUAGCACCAGUGUCAUUUUUACAAUGCCGUUAUCACACAUGUGGUUGCUACCUCCUAGUUCUACUGCAUAUAUCGACUGCCAGUGUUUACACAACAUUAUACAAAUUAAAGAUAAACACUCGGUUUGGAUUUAUGAAUGUAAUCCAUUAUUUUAAUACAUGAUGUCUGUUUUUUUUUUAUUCACAAAGCUACUUUCUCCAGAUGUAAAUGUGACAACCGUAUACAUAUACAGUAGCUCCACUCGCAGCAUGUCAACACGGCGAGAAGCUGUUGCUCUAGCUAACGGACGGCAGGUACCAGUAGUCACCAGUGGGAAUAAAUGUUCACGGGCGUCAACAGCUACAGGGAACACCAAUAUAUCUUUCAAAAACGGCAUUUCUUCAGUGGUAGUUUCUUUUUGAGAGCCAGUCACUAUGACUAUUCAAAACUUAAAAUGUACUCCUCAUUUUACUUCUUUUUUCAUAUCAGUAUUACAUUUAGUCCAUCAAAUAUAAUCAAAGUAGCCUAUUGAAAAGUCAAAUUCACAAAUCCUACAUCCAAAACUUGUGAAAAAGUGAGAACCUGCGCGUUCACAUGUCUUUAUAUGAAACAAUGUAAACUACUUGUAUCAUAAUCUCUGUGUCGCUUUAAAACUGUACAUUAUGUAUAUGUGGAGAUUGUAUCAUAGUUCAAAUAAUUAUAUAAUUUUGUAGUGGAGUGAAAUAAAUGGUUAUAUUGCAGUAAA